CAACGAGACUGCUAGUCUGCGGCCGAAAAGGGGGUUGCGGCCGCCGCUACCUUGGUCCCUCUCCUCUCUCCUCUACACAUCCUGACAUCCGCCUCCGUCGCAGACUCGUCCGUGGACGGUGCUGGUGCUGCGUUCGAUCAAAGACAGAACCUCGUAACAGGUCAGGAAGCUUCGAAGCAUGGCAAUGGAGAUGAGGGCUCGGGAAUCUGUAAACAUGUCGGAGGACCUAACUGGGGCAAUCGCACCAUACGCCAUCGCCCUACAUGACGUGUUCCUCCACUCCCAUUGCUCAUCAUGCUUCAGCGAAUUACCGCCACAAUCUCCCUGUGUCAUGUCUUGCACUACAUGCUGCUCUGUUCGAUACUGCUGCUCAGAGUGCUUAAGCUCAGAUUCACUGGUGCAUUAUUCUUCUGGUGAAUGUUGCUUCUUUGUGGAGCACCUCAAGAGAGCCUCCCCUAACUAUGUUACUGAAGGAACAAGUGAUUUGCGUGCUGCACUCCGCCUUCUUUAUGCGCUUGAGAUGCACGGUCUUGUUUCAUCUGAUCAAAUCAACCGCUUCAGUAGAAUUGGUGGACUUUCAGCAAGUGGAAUUGAAGAAGCUCUGGAGGAAGGGGAACAGAUUGCUGAGAGGAUAUUGGAGGGGAGCUUAUUGAUGUCAUCUGCUAGAAAAUCAAGGGCAGAGACUUAUGUUAGCUUCUCCGAUGGGCUUAAAGUUGAGAGGAUGGCAUUAUGGGCAGUGAUUACAAAUAGUGUUGAGGUACAGCUUAGUGAAGGGAUGGCAAUGGGAAUUUCUGUGUAUGGCCCAAGUUUCUCAUGGUUCAACCAUAGCUGCUUUCCCAAUGCUUCGUACCGGUUUGUAUUGGCUCCAAAGAAUGAAGACUGUAUUUCACACAAAUCAAAAUCAUGGGCAGUCCCUGCUAGCAAAGGAGUUGCAGCUGAUGUGUGGCAUACUUGGCAGUAUGAGGAAGCAAAUUCUACCAAAGCACUCUGCAAAUAUGGUCCCAGAGUUGUUGUUCGUUGCACAAAACCAAUUAUCAAGGGAGAUGAAGUUUGCGUAACAUACAUUGAUCUUCUCCAGACCAAGGAAGCAAGGCAUUCGGAUCUGUGGUUAAAGUAUAAAUUCAUUUGUUCUUGCAAUCGUUGUAUAGCAUCACCAGAACCUUAUGUGGAUCUUAUUUUGAAUUGUGAUGCUAGGGACUUAAAUAAACCAGAGGAUGCUGUUGCAGCUCCAACAGUUGAGGAUUUGGAUGAUGACUUGCAACAAGCAAUAUCUGAAUACUCAUUGGGUGAUGAUGCCAAAGCUUGUUGUGAUAUGAUUGAAAGCAUGCUUUCUGAAAACUUAAUGAGAGAUUUGCAGAAAGGGGAACUUCGAGGGAGAAAACAUAUACUGCACCCUCUUCACCAUCUCUGUUUCACUGCUUACAUGACACUUGCCUCUGCUUACCGGUUUCGUGCCCUAAGUUUAAAAACAGGCAGUUUGCAUGGAGAAAAAAGUGAUGAUCUUUUUAGAAUGGCCAAAGCUGCAGCAGCUUAUUCAUUAGUACUUGCUGGAGCUACGAACCAUCUGUUCUUAUCUGAAUGUUCCUUUAUGAUGCCACUGUCGCAUUUUUUAAUAGGUGCUGGGCAGUCAUUGUUUUUUCUUGUUCAAUCUAUGAAGGGAGAGAUGAGGCAGUAUUUAUCUGCGGCUAAGUUCACCUUUCCUUCAUGUCCAGAAAGUUCUGCAAAACAUGAUUUAGUGAAGUAUAAUGAGUUCAGAUCAACUUGUGAAGGGUUUGGCAAACAAAUGCUAUCUUUGUCGUUUCAUUGCUGGUCAUUUCUAGUCCAAGGUUUACCCUGCCUGGAAAAGAUCAAGAAUCCUAUAGAUUUCAGUUGGCUUGGAACAUCAAUACACCAGCCUCUCCUUCCGGAGGAAAAUUAUGCCAAUCUUUCUGCACAUGAUCCUACAUCUUUCACAAAGGAACAGAAAGAGUGCAUUUUUAGUUUGGCUAUUUGUUGUGUCACCUAUUGCAAAUAUCUCACUAGUAUAUGCUAUGGCCCGCAACAUUAUCUGGCAGACCUUGCUAAAGAUAUACUUGAAGGGAUCACCAUUUUUCCAAGCGAACUGGAGAAAUAUGUAAACAAAUGAAUGGCUAAUUUCAGGCCUUGCAAUUGCUCCUUUAUCUUUAUAGUUACUCAUUUUCAGAUCAACUAUGUCAAGUUACUUAAAGGUAAGUAGGCAAUUCAGAACUCAACUGUACCUGCAAGCCUCUAACUGCAUGUUUUAUGCAGGCAACUACAAACGUUCCAACCCUUUUCACUGAGAAACAGAUGUUUGCUAUAGCAAGUUGAAUUGGUGUAUUAAUUAUCAGAAUAGUAGUGACAGGUUCUGGUGACAAAUAAUUGUAGGAAUAUGCUUUAGUAUUUUUCUUUGCUUGUAUUGCUGCUAGACGCUGCUAACCCUGACCUGACCACUAGCAAAUUAAACAUCAUUAAUGGGCUGGCCUACCUAUUCACAGUUGGGCCCUAUUUAUUUUAAGCUAGUGGUUAUGAUAAAAAACUAGAAAAAAUCCUGUUCAGAUCUUGGUUUUGGAUGCAACGUUGCACCAUGCUGCAAAACCUCUAGAUGGUAUUCAGCAUUUUGUGCUAUUUUCAUCUCAUAGCAUGGUUCUGUUAUAUGAGUGGUGCAUAGUUUCCUUGUUUUUAUGACUCUUUAAGUUUUCACAGUUAACACUGUGUUGUCCUAAUGACAUGAUUCGUAGAAUUAUGGACAUAUUUUAUUGUUGUGAAACUAUAAAAACCUGCUGAUUAAUUUGUGUUCAAAUCCUAAAUGUUUUUUUCUAAUUUGAAUUAAGUAAUUUCUUACAGCUGUAUCCACUUGUGCAUGAUGUGAGUAUCCAUUGGUCUAUUCGGGAUAUUCUUAUUUACUGAUCAACUAACAUAGAUUUGAUACUCAUAUAGAUGUGGAAACAGAGGUUGAAACGUAUUGAUGGAUCAAAAUCCUUUUUCUCUUUGCGGUCAUAUGGCAUUGCUCCAGGUCCAGUUGUCUUUUCUCGAGGAGCACAGAAAGAUCUCCACCUAGACAACAAAUGAGCUGCUUUCACCGUUUAAUG